AGAAGGUGGACCUGUUCUGCCCCGGAGGGCCAGGAGCCAAAAGGGUCAAAGUGCAAAGAGACGGCAGCAGAGGGAAGGAGAGGAGCGGGAUCAUAAGAAGUGUGACACAGACCCGCCGUGUCAGUGGGGAUCCUCAAUCGAAACACUGCAUCCCAGCCGAUAGACCGCUGACUGAGCGCCAAGGCUGCGAGUCUGUGAUUGUCCGCCUGAAUUCCAGUGGACCGUCCACAUUGUUGUGGCGUUGGUCCUCUUGUAACCAUGACGACUGCAGAGCCACCUAACGGAGUGUGGCACCGAAACGUCAAGACCCGUCAGUCGGAUGAGAUCACUGGUCAUGUUGAAGACCAUAAGAGUUCACAACAGGAGGAUCUAAGACGGUGGCAGAAACAUGCACAGGUGGUGAAGGUGAAUGUCCUGAAGCAGGUCCAGGAUCAGCUCAGUGAUUUACUAGACAAAGCUCUGACCGACUCCAUCCAGCCUUUUGCCCAAUUACAGCCAGCUGUUAACGGGAAACCAUCCAAAAGACCCCCAUCCAGUUCUCAGAGAAUGGAUGACGGCAAAGUGUUUACCGACAGGCCAUCACUGUUGGAUGAACUGUUUGAGAUCAACCACAUCAGGACCAUCUACCACAUGUUCAUCGCCAUCCUCCUCAUCUUCUUCCUGAGCACGCUGGCUGUCGACUACUUCGACCAGGGCAGGUUGGUCCUGGAGUUCGACCUGCUGUUCUUCGCCUUUGGGAAGCUGGGGACGGUCACCUGGGCCUGGAGCGUGAUGUUUGUCUACACCCUGCUGGUGCCCUACUUCACGCUGGUGUUUUGGGGAUCCUUGUACCACAGCUUCCCCUCUAAGUUGGGGCUCUCUCUCGGCUCGGGUCUGGUCCUGUCGGCAGUGCAGACCUGUGUGCUGGGAAUGUUUCCCGUCUACGUGGCUGUGCACUACGAGCUGCCACCAGCCUCGCGGUUCAUCGUGAUACUGGAGCAGAUUCGAUUCCUGAUGAAGAGCUACUCGUUCAUGAGAGAAACCGCUCCUGUUAUUAUGAAGAAUACACCAAAGGAAGGGGAAAGUCCAAGAACUCCAACAUUUUCCAGCUAUCUGUACUUCCUCUUCUGUCCAACUCUCAUCUACAAGGAAUCAUAUCCGCGGAAUUCCCACAUAAGAUGGAAGUAUGUUUUCACCACACUUGGCAUGAUCUUCGGGUGCCUGUUUUAUGGCUACUUCAUCCUGGUCCGCCUCUGCGUGCCGGUCUUCAGACCCAAGACCAACCAGCCUUUUAGUAAACGGACAAUGGUACUGGCCGUGUUCCACGCAAUAUUACCAGGUACAAUGCUCCUUCUGCUCUGCUUCUUUGCCUUCCUGCACUGCUGGCUCAACCUCUUUGGGGAGCUGCUGCGUUUUGCUGACAGAAUGUUUUAUAAGGACUGGUGGAACUCAACAUCUUUCGCCAACUAUUACCGUACCUGGAAUGUAGUGGUUCACGACUGGCUCUAUUACUACGGAUACAGAGACUUCCUCUUGCUGUCGAAGAGGAAAUUCCGAACAGCCGCCAUGCUCUCCGUGUUCAUCGUCUCCGCCCUCGUCCAUGAGUACGCCCUGGGCAUGGGAUUCGGCUUCUUCUAUCCCGUCAUGUUCUGUCUGUUUGCCUUCUUCGGAGUGGUGUUCAACUUUACCAUGAAUGACAAGCGACAGAGCCCCGUGUUCAACGUCAUCAUGUGGAUGUGUCUCUUCCUGGGUCAGGGCGUCCAGGUGUGCCUGUACUGCCAGGAGUGGUACGCUCAGAUACACUGCCCUCAGACCGGGAACAGCUUCUGGGAGUUGGUGACACCUCGUUCGUGGUCCUGCAACUACCAGAGUUGAUGCAGCCUUUGUCCUCGGCUGGAUGGAGGAAUGAAAGCAGGGAGGUGUGGAAAUCAUGAUAGACUGAACACAGUAGAGAGCAAGGACCUUUGGAAGACAUGUAAAUAGGCUUUUUUUGUACGAUAAUCUGCUGAUAUGGUGUAUAAGAUUUUUUUUUUACUUUGAUCUUUGUGUUGUUAGUUGUCUAUCGCUUUCACCUGAAUCAUUUAACUUUUUAAACCUACUUAAAAUGCCUCAUAAUCGGAUAAAAGCAGUCUGUAUUUAAAGUUGUAAGAAAUACAUAUUCAGAAUGAUUUUUGACAAUGAUCAUGAUAACAAUACAAAUAAUCAAUAAUUAUAAAAGCAAGAAAGAAAUCUAUUUACUGAUAUUUUUUACUUUGCUUAAAGAAAACAAUGACCACUAUAGUAACUUCUAUCUUGGAAGGCCAUAUGAAAAUAUUGCAACAUAUUACACAAUUGAAUACACACUUAUCCUUGCAAAAGAGUUUUGAAGCUAUGACCUCCAAUUAUGACGCAUAAUUGACCUUUAUAAGUCUUUAGAUAAUAAUUCAUAAUGUCUAUUGAUCAUUGUCAUGAGUUAUUCAUAUUUAUGAGUGCUUACAGCUAUAAUAAAACACUGUUAUAAGUAUUAUUUUCUUUAUGCAUUAUAGGCAGGGGUAUCAAAGGAAGUUACCAAACUUUCUUUAAAACUUUUACUA